GGACCUGAAGGGCCAGGAUGGGAAUUCAGUGGAAUUACUACUCCGGAGCUGCUGGCUGUGAUCCAAAAGGUGUCCUGAGGACGAGAGGCAGGAGUCCCAGGCGAGGGGUGCUGGAGAGAGCACUCGGGAAGGGCAGCCUGCUCCAGGGAUUCUUCGCUUUUCAAGGGCGCACAUUCGGGCUCCCCGGGGCGGCGCCGAGUUGGCCGCAGUCCCUGCCAUCGCAGGUCUCUCUGCGUGGGCUCGCCUGCGCUCCCUUUGUGGGCCUCAGAUUCCACCUUGGUUUCUUGAGCUGACCUUUGCUCAGCUACGUGAGAUCGGAAAGCCUUAUAGUAAUUGAGUAGGUUAAAGAAUGUCUCAAUUAUUAAAAACAAAGACCGUGGUGCUGGUGGUGAAUUUGAGAAGUGAUUGCUUCCGCAGUUAGUUUCCCAGCGUGCUGUCCACUGGUUCAGCAAAGGGUGCGCUAAUGGACGUUAGAAACGAUGGAGUUUCCAUAAACUGGCUUUUCUCAGGUGGGAAUGAACUCUGUGCGAAACCUGAGGGUUUCAGCCGAGUCUGCAGAGGCACUUGGAGUAGCGAAUAGCUUGCGGGUGAACUUUGGGACUUUAGAAUCCCAGCUUUACGGACGCACAGAGUCGCAAACGGGUGUAUGGAUGAUGAGUGCCUUAGCAUUUAUUUUUGUUUUGGUCAGGGGCAUUUCAAUUCAAUAAAUAUCUGUUGUGCUCCUGCGAACUUCCGUGAGAGCAGGCUGCUGUGCUGUCUGGAAGCACAGGUGUCGAUAAAAGGGGAAUUUUGAGGACACUCAUUUCCUCACAGGUGGAUGUUUAGGAAGAGACCAAUGGCACACGGUGCUUUGCCUCUGUCUCCUACCUCUUUGAUCUCUUCUUUGGUAAUUGAACAUUUACAUGAGGAGAGAUUGUACAUCUGUGAAGAAUAGCUGCCAUUAGACUAAUCAGUCACUCAAAGGGAUACAGACUGUCCAACUCAUCCUUAAGAUAAAGUUGUUAAGAAUCAACUAUGUGCCAGGCACCAAGCUAGGCAUUUUAUAGACUUAUAAUGUCACGUGAAAUCUACAAAGUAGAUAUUCCUCCCCAGGACAGAUGAGGAAACCGAGAUAAGGAGAAAUCUGGCAAUUUGCACAAGGAGUCAAUGAAGCUGUGUUCCACAGAUACACACUCUUUCAAGAAGUGAAGUUCUGAGUCUUCUUGUAGCUAUGGACCUGGAAAAGCCAUCUGUCUGGGGCUCAUUAAAGCAGCGGACCAGGCCUUUGUUAAUCAACCUGAGCAAGAAGAAGGUGAAAAAGAAAGCAAACAAGCCCCUAGACACACAGGCAGCUCGUCACCUGGACCGCCGCCUGAGCCUUUCUGUUCCCGACAUCCUGGAAGCUGGUGACUUGGCUGUGGAGGAUCGGCCUUACUCUGGACCCCAGUCAUCCUAUACGUCGGUGCCCAAUAGCCUGUCGACUACUGGGAUCUUUGCUAAGAGUAGCGAUAGCUCCUUGAAGCAGUCUGAAGAGGAAGUGGGCUGGAGCCAGGAAGAAGCUGGCCACUCCCAUGUGAUGGAGAUGGACUCAGAGGACAUCUGCGCCUCGCCUGCUGCCGACAGGAGGGCGUCCAGCAACGGCGUCUCUGAUCUUCUCCAGAAAACUCCCCUCGGAGAGGAUGCAUCAGACGAGCCAGAGAAGUUAUGUGGAAGUGGUGAUCAGAGUGCAUUCACGACAUCCCAGCAUUUUGAGGAACAAUCUACUCUCAGAGAAGCCGGCGAUGGCUUGAGUGACCUCCCCAGCCCUUUUGCCUACCUCCUCACCAUACACCUGAAGGAAGGUCGGAACCUCGUCAUCCGAGACCGCUGUGGCACGAGUGAUCCCUAUGUGAAAUUUAAGCUGAAUGGGAAGACACUGUACAAAAGUAAAGUCAUAUAUAAGAACUUGAACCCAGUUUGGGAUGAAAUAGUUGUAUUACCCAUACAAAGGCUUGAUCAAAAGCUGCGUGUGAAGGUAUAUGAUCGAGAUCUAACCACCUCUGAUUUCAUGGGCUCUGCAUUUGUCACUCUCAGUGAUCUUGAGCUUAACAGAACAACUGAAUAUAUUUUAAAAUUGGAAGAUCCAAACAGUUUAGAAGAUGACAUGGGAGUGAUUGUCUUAAAUUUGAACCUAGUAGUAAAACAGGGUGAUUUCAAGAGACAUCGUUGGUCAAAUCGGAAGUGGUUAAGUGCCAGCAAGUCCUCUUUGAUACGCAACCUUCGGCUCUCAGAGUCCUUGAGAAAGAACCAACUGUGGAACGGGAUUAUAAGUAUAACUUUGUUGGAAGGGAAGAAUGUCUCAGGAGGAAGCAUGACAGAAAUGUUUGUUCAGUUAAAACUGGGAGAUCAGAGGUAUAAAAGUAAGACACUGUGUAAGAGUGCAAAUCCCCAGUGGCGGGAACAGUUUGACUUUCACUACUUCUCUGACAGGAUGGGCAUUUUGGACAUUGAAGUGUGGGAAAAGGACAGCAAAAAGCGCGAGGAGCGUCUGGGCACGUGUAAAGUGGAUAUUGGGGCACUCCCUCUCAAGCAAGCCAACUGUCUGGAGUUGCCACUGGAGAGCUGCCUGGGGGCGCUCCUUAUGCUGGUCACACUCACGCCCUGUGCGGGGGUCUCCAUCUCUGAUCUAUGUGUCUGCCCCUUGGCGGACCCCAGCGAGAGAAAGCAGAUUUCCCAGCGAUACUCCUUACAGAACUCCCUGAAAGAGAUGAAAGACAUCGGGCUUUUACAAGUGAAAGUUUUAAAGGCAGUAGAUCUCUUAGCGGCAGACUUCUCAGGGAAGAGCGAUCCCUUUUGCUUGUUGGAGCUCGGCAAUGACCGACUUCAGACGCACACCGUUUACAAGAACCUCAACCCUGAGUGGAACACAGUUUUUACAUUUCCCAUUAAAGAUAUCCAUGACGUUUUGGAAGUGACAGUGCUUGAUGAAGAUGGAGAUAAACCCCCUGAUUUUCUUGGAAAAGUUGCCAUUCCCUUGCUGUCUAUUAAAGAUGGACAAACAAAUUGUUAUGUAUUGAAGAAUAAAGAUUUAGAACAAGCUUUUAAAGGAGUUAUUUACUUGGAGAUGGACCUCAUAUAUAAUCCAGUCAAAGCAAGUAUUAGGACUUUUGCUCCCAGAGAAAAGCGCUUCGUUGAAGACAGCCGCAAGGUGUCCAAAAAGAUUUUAUCAAGAGAUAUAGACCGUGUGAAAAAAAUCACCAGGGCAAUAUGGAAUUCAGCACAGUUCCUUAAAAGCUGCUUCCAGUGGGAAUCCACCUUGAGAAGUUCAACAGCAUUCGUGGUAUUUUUGGUCACUGUCUGGAAUUUUGAGCUGUACAUGAUCCCCUUGGCAUUGUUGCUGCUCUUUGUUUACAAUUUCAUCAGCCCCGUGAAAGGGAAGGUCAGCAGCAUCCAGGACAGCCAGGAGAACACAGACAUAGAGGAGGAGGAAGAUGAAGACGACAAGAGAAAGAAGAUGACCUAUAGUAUCUCAACCAGGGAAGAUUGUUGUCCUGGGAAGAAGUCUUCUUACAAUCCAAUAGAAUCCGAGAAAAGGGGGCUAAUCGAAAGAAUCUAUAUGGUACAGGAUCUUGUUUCAACUGUUCAAAACAUCUUUGAGGAAAUCGCUUCUUUUGGAGAAAGAAUUAAAAACACAUUCAACUGGACGGUCCCAUUCCUUUCAGUCCUGGCCUGUUUGAUCCUGGCAGUAGCUACCAUCAUUUUGUAUUUCAUCCCACUGCGGUACAUUAUUUUAAUCUGGGGCAUAAAUAAAUUUACUAAGAAGCUUCGAAAUCCCUAUACCAUCGAUAAUAACGAGUUCCUAGACUUUCUCUCUAGGGUACCAUCUGAUGUUCAAAAGGUGCAGUAUGCGGAAUUGAAACCCGGCAGCAGCCACAGCCCCCUUCGCAAGAAGCGCAGUGUUCCCUAGGAUGCAGGCUGAGUUUGGGAAUCAGCCCCCCGAUCUUGUGUUUGGUUGAUUAGACCAAUGUUAUCACUCUUUCGGUGGUACCCGUGUGUCGUCCUGAAAUGCGUGCUGUGCAUAGCCCUCUCUGUAUUCUCUCCCCCUUUUCCACAUGCACAGAUGCACACAGGUGUGCACACAGGCCUGAGUAUGCGUCUUCUUGUGCACACAUCUGCAUGCAUGGGUGCCUUGGUUGCAUGGAGGGUCAGCCCAGCAAAACGAGACGGUCUGGAGACUGUGAAAGACUAACAUCCAAUCUCCCAUGGGAAGCUCAAGCAAGGUUGCCGUGGGUCUGAGCACAGCCAGGAGACCACUUGAAUUCUGCAGUGACUUUGAACUUGUUUUCACACCUCCAACAGAUUCUCAUUAAGAUUCAGUUCUUUCCACUCCCCACCCCCACACUUCUUUCAGAUUGUCGUUUGCGUUAAUCAGAAAUUUUCUCUUGGUUAACAACUCGUGGAUCCCAGUCAUCUGUUCAAAUGAUGUAUAUUUUAGUUGUUUUUUUUUUAUAUAAUUACCAGAAUUAGCCCAAAUCAUUAGAUGUGUUUCAGCUGAGGUCACUGAGGACGUGUAUGUGAAAUUCAGUAAAGCCCUCAGUCUGGGUGCAGACUGCACUGUGGGGCCCUUGCUGGCAAUGGAGGCAGGAGGAAGGCCUGAUGGGAUUGCCCAUCUGGAGAGGGAGGGGGUCUUGUUUGCCUUAUAACUCUUUUGCUUCUGACUUUAAUUUUUGCUUAUUUCCAAAAUAAAAUGCCAAUACUAUAACUUGAGAGAGAGAGAGGGAAAAGCAUGAAUGGAUUCUAAGAGUAUUUGGAAAGAUAGAAGCUAAAAUUCAAUGAACUAGUAAACACAAUAGCUUACCUGCUCAUCAUAAUCACUUCUUUUAAACAACUGUUUGGGGCAGAAAGUAAAAAUGCUUAGUCUGUCUAAAGUUAUCUUUUAUUAAAUUUUGCUCUUAUGGGCAAAAGAAACUAUACAUAAUAAAAAUUUCUCUCAGAACCCCACUCCUAGAAACUUACUCCCAAAACUUCCCCCGCCAUCUUCUCUGACUUCUGCAGACCCCACUGUUUCUCAGAAGCCCCCUCCAGUAAAGAUCCUGAUUUUGUCCAGGUGUAAAAUAUAUGUACGUAUCCUUCUUUUCAAACGCUAUUUAAGUUUUAAAGACUGUAUUUCAUUGACAUGUACUUCAUAUGUGCAGUUUUAUAUAUAUAUAUAUAUAUAUUCAAAGAAAAGUCAAAGAAAAAGAACUGAUUUAAUAGUGAGUUUUACUCUUUUUUUCCCCCCUCUAGGUUGUAAUUUAAUAAUCUUCAAACAAAAUGUUUAUGAAAAAUGCCAAAGAUUCUAAACCUUAUCGUGCCGUGUCUGUUUUUCUUCAUAUUGUAUCUUCCCGGGUUGCUUUCUGGCUGAGCCAGAUUUCUGCAUGAUUUGAUUUACUUCAAGUUAAUGAGGCUGGUUGGAAAAGAGCCUUGCAGAAAUGAUAAAAAGCUCCAGUAAAUCUCUUAGUUGUACAUACAAUAGAUACCCAAGAAGGUCUUUUGUUGAACUAGUUACUCAACCUUCUGUGUAACAAUGCCUCAUUGUCUCAGUCCCAGCUAUCAUCUAGUUUAUCAUAGUCUGUCAUUUUGUAACGACCUAAGUCAGGCUUUUUUAAACAGACAUGUGAGAUCGGAUCAGUCAUUUGAAUGAAAACUUUCAGCAGCAAAAUAACCCCUUAUUUAUUUAAAAGUGGAACCAAUACUUUAUUGUUCUUUUGCUAUAGAAUUUCAAAAUGAAAUAAUUCGCCUGACGAGAAGGCAUCGUUAGUUAGACUUAUUUCCUCUGUAGCCCGACUGUGGAGUUCUCAGCAGAAAGUUUAGGACACAAACGCCAGCUGGAAUUCAAGGGCAGGACUGAAUCAACCUUGACUAAAUUGUAUAUGGAAAACAAUUGUUAAUUGAUUAAGUAGGCAUUGAAUGUGAAAAACAGAUAUUAGUUGUAUGUGAAAUGUUAAGAUUUAUGCAAGUAAUCAGAAACUUUUAUGAAAGAUUCCAGAAUGCCUUGGAUAAAAUUUAUGGUUUAUGGAUUCACAGUGUGAUAAUUAAAGAUAAUUGAGUAGGAAUGUUGAAGUCUUGCCAAGUUUUCCUGGUUCGCUUAAACCUCACACACCCAUUUCCAGCCCUGCUUGAAUGUCCAGCAGGCAUCUACGCUUCAAGGGGUCGGAAAGUAAGUAGUAUCACCUUUCGCCUCAUUUCUCCAGGAUCCCCAACCCCAUUGUCUUCUCUCUCACUUCCUACUUCCAUUAAUGUCGCUGGUGUCCUUUGGGCUGGAACCCUAUCAGGCUCUUUUUUGUUCCUUGUGCUUUUCUCCCCAUUUCCCAACCCAUCAAGUCCAGUAGGUGCUGUGUUGACAUGUUAUAUUAUCUGUUUUUAUUCCGAUCGCCUCCACCCAAGUUGAGACCUUGCGUAACUUUUUUUCUUUAAAUAUUUUACUGUGUUUUUUGGUGAAAGUUUACACAGCAAGUUAGGUUCCCAUUUAACAAUUUCUAUACAUAUUGCUCAGGGGCAUUGGUUACAUUUUCCACAUUGUGUAAACAUUCUCAUUAUUUCCAUUUUGGUUGUUCCAUUUCCACUAAUCUAGCUUCCCUGCACCCCUUCCCCCAUCCAAUCUUCUCAUCUUUUCUUUAGGCUGCUUACAGAAAGUUCAGAGGUUUGAGUCCACCAAGAGGUGCUCUAGAAGGAAGGCCUGGCAGUUUACUUCUGAAAAAUCAGGCACUGAAAACCCAAUAGAG